AUGGCUGAGGGUGGAAUAGGUUUAUCCGCAGUUUUGUGUGACCUCUGUGAAAAUGAACCAGCACAAUCCUUCUGUCGUACAUGCAGUGGAAAUUUGUGCGACAAAUGUACAACCGAACACAAAAGCAAAAAAAUUUUUUACCGACAUGAUGUUGUCAAAAUGACGCUGACAAGAGAAAUGGAAAAAGAUGGAUAUGGAUAUUGUAGAGAGCAUCCAGAGAGCAAAUAUGAAUUGUGUUGUAGAGACUGCACAGUGCCAGUGUGUACAAAAUGCAUAGCCGGACUUCACAAUGGCCACAAAAUGCAUGAUAUUUCCAGUGCUUACAUCGAAGCUAAAAGCAAAAUAACAUCAAAAGUUACCGAAAUCGAAACAACUCAGUAUCCAGAACACAGGAAACAUUUAGACGAUUUAGACAUUGUUCUGAAUGACAUCAACCGGAAAACAAACGACAUGGAGCAGACUGUGAAUGUUGAUCUUGCUUGGAUUCGUGGAAGCGAAGCAAAAAUAAAGAAAAUAGACAUACAAGAAAAUAUCAACCAAGAUAUUUGUGUAUCAGACGUCUUUAGACAUUCCAUAAUCGUUGUUGACAGAAGUGGUUUCUUCCGAUUUGCCUACAGUGGUGGGGGUAUUCAUGAGAGUAGAGAAGACUUUUGUCCUACCGAACUAGAUACCGACAGUAUGGGAAAUAUCGCUGUUUCGGAUAAUGGAAACAAUUUGGUGCAUUUACUGGACAUUGAUGGUAAUCUUGUAAAAUAUUUGCUAACCUCAAGUGACGGUAUUUCUGAGCCGAGGGGUUUAAAAGUCGACAGUGAAGAUAGACUUUGGUUAACAGAAGUGAGAACUGGAUACGUGAAAAUAUUCAAGUAUUUGGAUUAG